UUUCAACCUCCCAUCCCAUUUCAUACAUUUUUCAUGUAUCUUUAUGAUAUUGUAUAAUAAAGUUUUUGUUCUCCGUAUGAUAUUAAACAAUACAAUUGCCAUACCCAAUUGAAGAAUUUUCUAAAUUCAUGUUUAAUUUAUUCAUGAUACUCCCUCCAUUGAUUACAUAAUUCUAUAUGAAAUUCUAAAAUUUCAAGCUAUUUUUAAUCUUGUUAUGACUUGUUAAGAGAGUCUAGUUCAAAUUGUUACCACCACUGCUAUCAUAGUCAAUAGUUUCUUUCACCACCAAUAGGUGUUUUAUCGUAAACAUAAAUUAAGGAUAUUUUUUUAACAACAAAUAUUUAAUUGGAAUCUUUUUUCAAUUUCGCAAAUCGUGUAAUUCUAGGUCAAUUCCGCAGAUUUACCUGUCUAGAAUGACCAGUGACUCAGAUGAAGUUUCCAGAAAUGGCGACUUGAAUAAUUUACAGAAGGAUGACGAUGGUUUCCAAAAGGUCUUAACACCCUUCGAGCGAAGAGUAUUGAAAAAGAAAACUGCCGACUUCAAACAAGUGUCGUUGGCAGACUGUAAUACACUGCAAAACUCAAUUAUUACCCGCCUGAAAAAGAGAGGUUUAGAUUUAACAAACGAUCCCGAUCAUACGAGUUUAGAGUCCAGCAACCUGGAACUUGAAGAGGUUCAUGAAAUUAUAGCCGACCUCGAUGAAGCCAUUAAUGGAGUCCUAUACCAGGCUGAAAAGCCAGACCAAAAUCUAUCAGUGACUGAAUUGGAAAAUAGAAUUAAAGUUGCUAAGAAUACACUUUGUCAAAUGAAGACGAAAAAGAAGGGGUCUAUAUCUAAGGAGGAACUGGACAACGCAACCAAGGAAACUGAUGUGUAUGUAGCGUACCUUCAACACCAAAUGACACUAACGAAAGAGUACCAAAAGUUAAAGAACGCCCAGGUUUCUUUACUAAAGCUUAAAACAUUCUUAAAGGAUUAUAUAAACUACAAAACUCGUCUAAGAAAUUCUGCUUCCAAGGUCGAGAAAAACAAGGUGACAACACCCACCAGUGACCCAAAGGUGUUGGGAACAACAAAGAGGACCGUAGACUAUGUGUACGACUUUAUUAAGGAGAUGAAGGACCGAAAUGGAAGGUCCGUGGAUGUAAACGAUUUAACGAGUCGCGAUUUCAGAGUAGAGGACGGAACUAAGUUCCAGCCACCAUACACUUACUUACAGAAGCUAAAACAGAAAUUUGAAGUCUUUAUCGACAAAACCGGGACGAAACCACUAUUAUUAUCAGUUUAUGGGUGUAAAGAUGACGUGAAUAGGUGUGUAGAAUUUUUGUCGAACCUUGACCUAUCGCCACAAAACAAGGUUCCCAUGACAUUCUCCAAGUAUCGAGUGCUGCUGGAAAUGGAGGACAAAUAUAACGUGCUCUUGAACUACAAUUCAAGAACAAUGGACAUUUUAGGCAAGAGUUCGGACGUGAAGUCGUUUUUAGAAUAUGUGGACUCAACCACAAAAGACGGCCGGGAAAAGGACAAGGAACUCAACAACUCAGUCAAGUCCAAUGACGUGACUGACGUCGCUGGAGACAACGACAAGUUGUACGACUACUACGUCCUUAGAGCGCUAAGUGGCAAGUUCAGGCCAAACGUGCGUGAACUUGAGACUGAGUACGGAGUGGGGAUAAAGUUCGACUUGACUCCAAGAAACGGAUUCGCCAAGGUUUCAUUUGUGCCCCUGCUCAAUAACACAGUUGAUGGCUGCGUGAAGAAGUUCACCAAUUACGUGGAUGAAUAUGGGUACAAGGAACUGGGAAAGCUGAGUAACGAGGAACUAUCGUUCCUAAGUGAUAAUGAUGUGCUUAAAAAGAGGUACAGAUCACAACACACCACUUUGGUUAAAGUAGCUGAUAAGGUGUUUGUUGUAGGGCUGAAAAAGUAUUUAAACUUCGGCUUUAAUAGGGCUCAAAGCCUGUUGGAGUCAAGACAACUUCCGCCUUAUAAGUUCAAGCUCACCAGUUCUCAGUUUAACCAGGUCAAUCCUCACCUCAACACUCUCCAGGACCAGAAGGGAGUAUACAUUACCACGACAUCGAACCACUCAAAUAGCAAAGAACGAGAAAAGGAACAUAACGACUUGGACGAUCACAAGAGCGGGGGUGAGAAGGACGUCACUCUCCUACUUUACGGAAGCGCUGUACAGCAGAAGGACUGUGUUUCAGCCCUUAACGAGAUGAUAAAGUGUUUUGUGACGAGAGAACUACCACUUUCUGGAGUUGAGUAUAAUUUGUUGUUGGAAGAGAAGAAUAGGCUAAGUGAGUACGAGGCUAAAUUUAAGCUUAAGUUGUCUCUAUCGAAAAAUACCUUAACCCUUUCUGGACCCAAACCACAAGUUGAAGCUGUUUUAGAAGAUCUUAAGGCUCUUUUCUCAAGAGUGGUCUAUUUUACCCUCGACCCCCCAACAAUGCCGGAACUUAUGAACCAAGCCCUUGUUUACGCAGUUAUGGCCGUGCCCCAAAAGUUCAUUGGAAAGAUAAUAGGGAAAGGCGGCUCUACCCUAAAGCACAUUUUGCUCCAAACCUCCCUCAAUAACCUCAUUGUAACAAAGUCCUCACACUUCAGCCAUGAAGCCUCAAACAGCGUUGAAAACACGCACCUCCUAAACCACGACAAUCCCAACUCCACUCAUAACAAAGCUCUCCCUAAUAAUGUUCGCGACCACAAGGAAAAGAAGUCCAAAGGUAAGAAGGAAAAGGAAGUGGACGUCCUUUUCAUGAUUGGAAGUCCCCUUAGCGUCCACACCACAGUUUCGCUGAUCAGGCACGUCCUCGACUCUGACGACGACGUCUUGUUGACGAAGGCGGAUUCCAGAAACUUGUACGACGAGUACACCAGCAAGCACUCGUUCAUGCGCAGAACGAUCUCAAACUACUCCUCAUCCACGUCUUCAUCAAGCAAAUACAAGGCUGAUGUUAAACUCGACAUUAACGACAUGGAUAACUUCCCCUCAUUGUAUUAAAUCGAAUUUUAUUUUUAAUUUAUUACUUUUAUA